GCGUGCGGGUUGCCAUGACGCGCUAGGUAAUCAAAAAUGGCGGACACAGAACCACAGCUCGAACAAGAAAAUACCGAAGGGUCAAUAAAGGAAGAAAAUGAGGAAGGAUCUGUUCAUAGUGAUGAGGAGCUUACAGAAGAUGCACAAGCCUUGAAGGACGAGUUAGCUAAAAUCGUCGUGCAUCCUCCUACAAUAGACCAAACUCCAAAAGAAGUAUUUGAUCCAGCUGAGUUUCCAGCCUCGUAUAAAGAAAAUUUACCAAAUGAAAAUUUAGUCCUGCAAUUUGCAGAAAACUUCCGUCGACAAUAUGUGCAUUUAUAUAGAGACAGGAAACCUUUGUUGUUGAACCCAGUAAAUGAGUGCUUCAUAGAGAAAUUUGUAUGUACAACAAUUAGACCAACUCAGCUAGAGUAUAAGGAGUUAUACAACUGGGAUGGAGCUGCUGAAUUUGUGGCAGAUUAUCUAAAUUUUGAAACUCUAGAUCCCCCUUAUGAACUGCCAAAACGCCUUUUGUCACCAACAACAAUAUUAAAGAGACAGAAAGGUAACUGUUUUGAAUACAGUACACUGUUGUGCUCCCUUCUGAUUGGUGCUGGAUACGAUGCUUAUGUUGUCAAUGGUUACGCUACCAGAGAGGUGUGUCUGGCCGAUGAAUCGAGAGAGAUAUGUCCACUCUUGAAGAAAAAAGAAGAGAUAAAAGCUGAAGAGAAGAAGAAAGAGCUGAAAAAGUACACCGUAAAACCUCCGAAAGAUCUGGCGAGCAAGUUUGAACGUAAACAGGCAGCUAAAGCUCAGUCUGAGAAGGAGGCUGAGGAAGCCAAACGUCGGGCAGAGGAAGAAGAAAGACUUGCUGAGCUAGAGAAGCCACCACCGGACCCGUUGUAUGGUCUACGUAUUCACUCAUGGGUAAUCAUCCUAUCUGGUAAACGUGAAGUACCCGAGAGUUUCUUUGUCGAGCCAUUUACCGGACUGUCUCAUCCUGUAGAAAGUACUAACUACCUUGGUAUAGAGGGUGUGUGGAACCAUGUUAACUACUGGGUCAACAUGCAGGACUGUUCAGAGGGAGUUAAGAAUUUGAGCUAUGAUCUUGGGGAUUGUACACGCUGGGAAUACAUGUUUCCGAACACAGACAAACCUUUACUUCAGAUUCCGGAGACUGAGGAUGACAUCAUGGAUGGUCUGGAUGAUGAAGAGGAUGACAGGCGAGAUAACACUAUGUACUCUGAUGAUCAUGAAGCCCAAGAAGAUCAGGAAAAGCACCUGGACCUGCCUCCUACCUGGGUAGAACCAAUCAGAAUCUCCAAGAAAGAUUUUGAGAUGAGAUGUCCACAAGGAAAGAAGAACAAACUGUACAAGAGAGCUAAACUAGAGAAGUUUGCUCACUAUCUGAUGAAAGAUGGCCUUGUGUCCAGAUUAUCAGUCUACUCCGAUAGAGAAUUAACAGAUUUGAUAAUGACACGGGAGUAUUUUGCUCAUCGUGAGGAUAAACUAUAUAACCGAGUACAUAACCAUCAGACAACCUGGAUCACAGAAUACUUCAAUCCUGGAAGAGCUAAAUGUGUAAAAGAGCACCAGUAUAAGGCAGGUAGCCCAGGCCCGGAAAGUGAGAGAACCAUGCUGUUCUACGACGAGGCGAGAGUUGACGGUCUUGUCAAACGUAUUGAGACACCUACUGAAAUGACGGAGCACUUUAACAACAGAGAUGAUUUCUUGUAUUAUAAACACAUUGAUUUUGGAAAGAAACCGAAGAAAUUUGGUCCACAGGACGGCUCUUCCUCCCAGUCACACAGACCUAUUCUUAAAAUGUUACUGAAGUUUCACCGUAACAAGAACAAGCCGGCCAAUGAGGACAUUCUAGAGUGUGUGUUCCUGUGCUCCGAGGACAAAGUACAUAUAACCUAUCACACCGAGGACAAACGUAUUGCUUCAUCUACUAGAGAAUUCCUCAAACCGCACAACUGGGAUGAGAAAGGGGCAACCUUGACCUAUGCCUCAGAUAUGCAUCAAACAUUCCAGGUUGAUCCGAAUCUACCUUCUAAUAAACAAGUUGAGCUGUAUGAGAUGUUACUAUACUUGCUUGAACAAGAGACAAAGAGUAUCGAGGCCGUACGCGACUCAGAGGAGGAAGUUCGCGAGAUUCUUAAUGAUCGUACGCAGGAGGAGUCUAAACAAGAACUUGAUAUCUCUGUGUACGACACUGAAAGAAAUGAGAAGGCAAAGAAACAUAGACGAGAACUGGAAAGACAACAGCUUGAGGAGAAAAUGCGUAAACAAGAAAUGGAGAUUGAUUACCUAGCACCAUUCCUCGCCCAGAUCGGUGACCCAGAAAAGAUCACUAGACAACAGGCCUACAAACUGAAGGAAGAUUGUCUUGCUGAUUUGAAACAAAGGCUUAUUGAUAAGGCUAACCUUAUACAAGCUAGAUUUGAAAAGGAGACACAAAAACUACAGAAGAAACAAGCCUGGUAUCAGCAGAACCAGGUGUCUAUGUUGAAAGAUGAUGAGGAAUCUUACCUGGAAUAUUGUAGUCAAGCCAUGUUCAGGAUACAUAUACUAGAACUUAGACUUAACAGACACAAAGAUCAGGCUCCACACAAGUACAUGAUGCUUGAACAAACACUGAGACAAGACCCAAGACUUGCUGAAUAUUUCUAAACUGUUUACUUCUUUAUCUUCUUGCAUACUUAAUUGUAGAAUGCAUGAAAUAAAGGAAUGUUUACUGACUCAAGUUUAAUCUUAAUUAGACAGUGUAAUUGGUGUCAGAGACAGAGUUAAUUAUACAAAUAAUUGAUUUUUUUAGUACAAAACUAUGAGAUGAAUAUAAUAUUCUUGGCUGAACAAAAUAGUAGUCAUUUUGGCUAAAAUUUUACACUUUUACAAGUUUCGUAGCUUGAUUGGCUAUGGAAUGACUGGCAAAAUAUAACUGCUAAUUGUAAAUUCAGAGUAUUGUACCAGCUUUUUCUUUGUUGUUUACAUUCCUAAAAAUGUGAUAUUUUUGUGUUGAACAUUAUAUUUGCCACAAAUAAUUGAAUGUAAUUAGCCCAAAAACAUCCUGUUCAUUGUUGUUAUUUGAAGGAGAUUGGACAUAUUUUCCAUUUUUCCAUUGUCUUAGUGAAUAAUCUUCUGUGAAUGGUAGAUAAAUGUCACAUGAUUGGUGUUUUAAGAGUAUGUUUUCUUUUUUUUGAAUAUUCUUAUUAAAUGGUUAACAGGACAGUCCACUGUGUGUCGUUUUUUUUCUUCUCCAAAAUAAGGAGAGAAAAAUUGGUUACUGUUUCAAAAUGUGAUAUCUUUUAUGAGAAAUUAUUAUGUAAGCUGCAUUUUGUAUAGCUUAUUCUGUGAUAUGAUUGUAACAUAUUGUGUAUGAUAUAUUUGUGACAAAGUUGAAUAAUAUGUUGUUAGGUCGAAAUUAUGUGUGUUUUCCGUCCAUGAAAAUAAAUAUUUAUUAAAAAUAAAAUAAUCUUUACAUAAUUGCA